AUGGACAAGCCUAUAGCUCCAACAAAACAAAGCACUCCUGUCACCAACAACACAAAUCCUAGCUUCAGUUUACUCAACUUUGACGAAAACACAAAGGCAUACAUCGAUGCUGCAUGCCAAGCUUCAUCAAACAUGAUUAUUAGUACUAUUAAGAAAUAUAUCGACCAAACAUUGGAUGCUUACAUAGUUUUGAUUAAUAAGCUUAAUGAAUACACUGCUGCAACACAUAAUCAUACAUUCAACUUGUCCAGCACCCAACAAACUAACAGGCCCAAUGAUAGCAACAAUAUACAACAAG